AUGUCGCCCAGCGCACUCCCCUCCCAGAAGUCUUACAGCAUCGCCUCCAUGGGCGCCGACGGCAUCGGCCCGGAGGUCGUGGAUGCUGGCGUUGAGGUCCUCAAGGCCCUCAGUGAGACUCUUGGCACGUUCGACCUCAACUUCACCGACUACGACUGGAGCUCCGAGACGUACAAGAAGACGGGCAAGUACAUCCCGGACGGCGGUCUCGAGCAGCUCAAGAAGCAUGAUGCCAUCCUCUUUGGCGCCGUCGGCGCUCCCGACGUCCCUGAUCACAUCUCCCUCUGGGGCCUGCGCCUGGCCAUCUGCCAGCCCUUCCAGCAGUACGCCAACGUCCGUCCCACCCGCGUCCUCCGCGGCACCCAGUCGCCCCUCCGCAACUGCGCCGAGGGCGACCUGGACUGGGUCAUCAUCCGCGAGAACAGCGAGGGCGAGUACGCCGGCCAGGGCGGCCGCUCCCACCGGGGAUUCCCGUGGGAGACGGCCACCGAGGUCUCCAUCUUCACCCGCCACGGCGUCGAGCGCCUGAUCCGCUUCGCCUUCGAGACUGCCCGCAGCCGCCCGCGCAAGCUGCUCACCUUUGUCACCAAGAGCAACGCCCAGCGCAACGGCAUGGUCCUCUGGGACGAGGUCGUCUACGAGGUCGCCAAGGAGUUCCCCGACGUCGCCCUCGACAAGAUGCUCGUCGACGCCAUGACCACGCGGAUGGUCCUCAACCCCAAGAGCCUCGACACCAUCGUCGCCACUAACCUGCACGCCGACAUCCUCUCCGACCUGGCCGCCGCGCUCGCCGGCUCCAUCGGCAUCGCGCCCACCAGCAACCUGGACCCCACGCGCAAGAACCCGUCCAUGUUCGAGCCCAUCCACGGCUCGGCCUUUGACAUCACCGGCAAGGGCGUGGCCAACCCCGUCGCCACCUUCUGGACCGCCGCCGAGAUGCUCGAGUGGCUCGGCGAGAAGGACGCCGCCACCAAGCUCAUGGAGUGCGUCGAGAACGUCACCGGCAAGGGCAUCGUCACCGCCGACCUCGGCGGCAAGGCGACGACGAAGGAGGUCACCGCCGCGGUCGUGGCCGAGAUCAAGGCCACGCUCGGAAAGAGCAAGGCCUAA